GGCGCAGAACGCCGAAGAGUGUCGAGCGGGUGGGUGCUGCUCGACGCAAGGGCUGCCGGCCGCCGUGUGCCAGUGAAGUUGCGCUGUUUUAAGUGUGUUUAGGCCAAUGGGUGAUUUGCAAUUUAAUGUUCCCUCUGAUAUAAGUGCCAUUUGCUCUGACAUUGUUCCACCAUCAACUUCGAACAGUUCGUUUUUCGUGAGCUCAGGCGCGUCAACUUUGACUACAAGCAGAGUCGAACAACGUGGUCGUACGAUGCACCAAGAUGAUUUUCUUGUUGAAAAUCGAGAGAACAAGUCACCACCUCAGCCAGCGUCAAACCCCGAAAGCCUCAGCAGUGAGAGUCAGAGAUACUGUGAAGACAGCCACAACCUGCUCGGGCUCGGUAGUGUCCUUGGAAAUCACGCCGGAGCCCAUGACAAGUUGAAAGGCUUAGAUAAAAAUGGAUUGGUGAAUCAUCCAGGUCUCUCUCAAAACGUAAGUGGCGCCAGCGGUCUUUCCAACAAUAUAGGGUAUGGGAGCUCUCAGCAGCUUGGACCAUCCUAUUCUGAAACUAGUCCAAUAAUGAUGAAUGGCAGUCUGAGUGGUUCUCCAUCGAGUUUGUGGUCAACCGGCUCGGUGGAAGACAGCUUUCUCACUGGAAUGCAGGCCUUCAGCAGUGCCUCUUACCAAAAUACCUUUCCUGGCUUGAAUCAGACCCAGAAUUCCAACCCUGGGCAUCUGCUUGGUGCAGGAUUUGGGGCUCAGCUGAAUAUGCAGCAGCAAAGCCAGACUCAGAGAAGAGCUAUCACUGGCUCCCACAAUAUGCCGCCGAGCAGGCCCCCGAACCCUUAUCUGGCUAGCAAGGGGUACCCUGCGUGGCCCGGCGUGAGCGCUUCUCAGCCACAGCAAAACAACUGGGGAGGAAAUCUCCAUCAGCCUCAACACAACAUGGGCGGUAUGCCGGGCUGGAACAGAGGUCGUCAAGUGCCCAACAUGAGCCCGCUGUCACCCAUUUCGACGAGCAUACCGGCAACUCUUGUGGGCAUGAACAGAAAGUACAGCCCUACCUUCAAUCAAGGUAACGGAGGCAUGGUCAUGUCCCCGAACAAGUUCAGAAGGAGCACCUCGUUUCCGGGCCGGCCCUUCGGACAGCACACCCCUAGCUUCGAGCUGACUGGCGCCGACGACAAGGACCUCUUGGCCUAUCAAGAGCGCAGUGGCAUGUGCCCGUCGAACGGAGUCAGCCCGCUGGAUAACAUGCGCACUCUGGAGCACUACCUGAACGACAUGGUACGCGGCGCCGGCGGCAGCGGCGACCACGGCUACGUCAACUGCGCUCCGAGCGCCAUGCACUCUCUGGCCCAGCUGCACGGUAAGCCGGCGCUGUUUGCCGGCCUGGACGAGUCGUCAGCCCACCUGCUGGACGACCCCACGCUGCUGGAGGGUCUGGCCGCCAUCAGCCCCUCGCGCACUUCGCCCCGCUCCUCGGGAUCCGGCGAGAACGGCGAGCGCUACAGUCGCAAGGUGUUCGUCGGAGGACUGCCGCCCGACAUCGACGAAGAGGAGAUCACUGCCUCGUUCCGUCGGUUCGGCCCUCUGGUGGUCGACUGGCCGCACAAGGCUGAGUCGAAGAGCUACUUCCCGCCCAAGGGAUACGCCUUCCUGCUAUUCCAGGACGAGAGCUCCGUGCAGCAGCUGAUCGACACGUGCAUCCAGGACGACGACAAGCUCUACCUGUGCGUCUCGUCGCCGACCAUCAAGGACAAGCCGGUGCAGAUCCGGCCGUGGAAGCUCUCCGACGCCGACUUUGUGCUGGACGCCUCGCUGCCGCUCGACCCGCGGAAGACGGUGUUCGUCGGUGGCGUUCCCCGUCCGCUGAAGGCCGUGGAGCUGGCGAUGAUCAUGGACCGUCUGUAUGGCGGCGUGUGUUACGCUGGCAUUGACACGGACCCGGAGCUCAAGUACCCGAAGGGCGCCGGCCGCGUGGCCUUCAGUAACCAGCAGAGCUACAUCGCCGCUAUCAGCGCGCGCUUCGUGCAGCUGCAGCACGGCGACAUCGACAAACGGGUGGAGGUGAAGCCCUACGUGCUCGAUGACCAGAUGUGCGACGAGUGCCAGGGCACGCGCUGUGCCGGCAAGUUUGCGCCCUUCUUCUGCGCCAACGUCACCUGUCUCCAGUACUACUGUGAGCACUGCUGGGCCACCAUCCACUCCCGGCCGGGCCGCGAGUUCCACAAACCGCUGGUGAAGGAGGGGGCCGACCGGCCGCGCGCCGUCCCCUACCGCUGGUGCUAGGUGGCGCCACUGAGCCGCCGGCCAGAGGGCGCCCGCAGCGGCGGCCUGGCAGCACCGGCUAGUAGCUACUAGAUCUAGCUACCAGCGGCUCGACUGGCGCCGGUAGUCAGCGACUGGCCGGGAGUCCGACCUGGCUCCGGCCGACAGUCGCCGCUUCUCUCUCUAUCCUCGUAUAUCGCCUUCCUCCCCACUCUCUCCUGUUCUCCUCCUGUCCUCUGCACACCUCUGUCCCGUCUCCACUGCUCUGUCCAAAGCCCGUUGGCUCUCGCUCUCUUUCUCCUCUGCUCGUUAGAAUAGACGUGUGUGCAGUUUUUCGGAUGCGUGAUCCGUGCCAUAGUCGAGCAGGCGCGGACGGCGGCGCGGCGGGCUCCCGGCGGCGCGGCGGUGGCGGCGGCGCCAUGUCCAUUGACGUUUUAUACAUAUAUCUGUGACAUAUUACAUAGUAGUUGUAGCAGCCAGGUAAGGUCCUGCCAGCGCUAUUUCAGGCCGGCCGACACUUUGGAUACCAUUUUUUACCUUUUCACCGUUUUUGUAUCGUCGCAAUUGUAAAUAGAUUAUGUACAAAUCGCCGAUAUUUAUACAUCACUACGUGGGAUUGAAAUCGCAUAGUUCCUCCUCCUUAUUUUUGGGGUGGCGUUGUUUUGUAUAUGACGAUGGCGCCGCGCGCGCUGGCCGCCCGGAGCGGCGUCCUGCUCCGCUUAUCAAUGUGACCGUGUUUUUACUGAGCCAACCGGCCGCCCCCGCCCCGCCGCCGCCGCCGCCGCCGCCGCCGCCCCCGCCGCCAGCGGCGUGGUCCUCGGCCCCGCCGCCGAGACCACGCCCCCGGCCGCGCGCCGCCGCCGUUUUCUAUAUUUAUCCUCAAUAUUUGAAGUCAAGGGUCUGGGAAUGGGGUAUUGCCGCCGCGCGCGGUCAGAAUUGUAUAGUAGGAGGUUCAUGUGAUAACUGUAUUUAUCCCUUAUUGUGAUUCAAUCUAAUUUAUGCAAUUAAUUUUCUAGUUCAGACAUUUAUAAUUUUCGCAUGUUAUCAUCAUUUAACCAGUGAAGUGUAGCCGUAGUAAUUCUCCCAGACUCGGUGCGUAAUCUGUGUGCGUGUGACAGCUGCAGGUGGCCGCUGACGGCUCUGCGCGGGCGAGCGCGUUCAGUAGACGUGUUACGGCGUGACGUCACGUCAGUGUGAUUGGCUAGAUGUGAUUGGCACGCGCCGCGCGGUCGGGCCGCCACGGCGGCCGCCGCCGCCCACCUUUCUCCGAUGCGGGUCAGCAUGUCAAAAGCCGCGGGGAGCACGGCACGGCCGGGAAUCAAAACGGCAGUCGGGUGGCGCGGCCGGGCCGAUGGCGGUGUUCCCCGGCCGGCCGGCCGCUCGGACUGAGUCCGCCGGCCGGCCGGGGUCGCCGCCGCCGGCCCGGCCGCCUCUUGUUGGCUAGGUGUAGGCGUGUGUGCGUGUGUUUGCGGUGUGCGCGGUGAGACACCCCCAGAGCGACGUGAGCCCCCCUGUCACAGUUGAGAAGCUCCAUAACCCGGACCGGCUGAAGUACCGUCGGCAGCGGCGCGGACAGCGAGUCGGACAGCGGGCGCAGAGCAUAAUGACGCCGUCGAUCGAGAGAGCGCGGCCCGCCGGCCCGACCACCGCUGUAGCGCUGUCCGCUCGCCCCCGCCCACCCCUUGCCGAGACGCUUGUUUUCAGGGUAGCAAUACGUGGGCAUUAAUUUGUAGUUUAUUUUUCUACUAGUGCCACGCGCGCCGGUCGGUGCAUCGCGUGCCGACCGGCCGCGCCCGCCCACCCCGCUCCCCUCCUGUGUCUGUGGCAGGCUCGCUCGCGCGCGCCGCGCGGCCCACUCGAUAGCGGCCGUGCUCCCGCGCCCCGCCGUCCCUCUGCGUGAUGUGCAACCCGAGGCGUAGCCGUUGGGUUUUGUACAAAAAUUAAAGGUGUCAUUCAUUUAUUUUCCUAGUCCAAGUACACUGCUAGCAGCAUGGUUUUAUAGUAUGAUUUUAGCAAAUCGGAAGUGAUUUUAUAACGCUUCAUAAUUAGGGCGCCGCUCGUCGUGCGCGGCGGUGUGUGUGUCGUUGGCGCGCGCGCGCGCGUGUACGGCGGGCGGGCCAGCUGGUCAGCCGCCGCCGCCGCCGCCACCGCCCAGCGAGCGUUUGUAUUUCCAUAGACGUCGACCGUGUUGUCCGUUGUUAUGUUCCCGGCGCCCGUUGUCGGCGGACCGGCGGGCCGCGGCCGCCCGCCCCCGUCCCCGUCCCCGCCCCGGCGCCCGCCGUCUGGUGUGCAUUUUCAGUCAGCUUAGUUUGCGCGUCGUUUUGUAAUUGCGGUUUUCUAAUUUUGUAGCGGCGCGCGCCGGCGGCGGUCGCGGGCGCUGGCUCGCCGAGUCGCUCGCGGCCCGCCGUCGCUACCCAUUACACCUGUUCUGGGGACAGUUUACAGUUAUUUUGUUGUGUCAGACGUUUUUAUGUUUUGAUAAAUAAUUACAUAAAUAUCACAAGAGA